UCAAUUUGAUGAUAAUGGAGGGUACUACAGGUGAGGGGAGUUCGGGCAAACUGGAGAGAAAGACCAUAGAAAAAAAUCGAAGGAAUCUGAUGAAGAGUCUUUGCUUCAAGCUGGUUUCCUUAAUCCCUCCACCUCAUCGCCAUUUCGACUCAUCAAAGGUGGAGGAGUUGUCGCAGAAGGAUCAGGUGGAGCAGGCGACUACCUACAUCAAGCUAUUGACACAAAGAGUUGAAGAAAUGAGGAGAAGAAAAUCACAAGCUCUGAUGACAGCGAGUGCGAGUACUAGUAUUAUGGGUGGAUCAAAGUUGCCAGUUCUGGAAAUACGAGAAUUAGGUUCGAAUUUGGAGGUGGUUUUGAUCAGUGGGCUCUGCAAAACUUUCAUGCUGCAUCAAAUUAUUAGCAUACUCCAAGAAGAAGGAGCUGAAGUCGUCAAUGUUAAUGUCUCCAACAUUGCUGGCCAGACUUUCCAUACAAUCCAUGCUCAGGUGAAAGUUCCGAGGGUUGGUGUGGACACUUCGGGAAUACGUAUGAGGAUACAGGAGUUGAUUUCUUAGAGCUAGCAUAUUUAUUACAGCUCCUGUUUGUUUGCAUGGAUGAUAUUGUUAUUACAAUAUGUGAACAAAUGAUUAAGCAUUGUGUUGCGUCUUCUAGCUGCUGGUUAUAAUUACAAUAUGUGAGUCAGUAAUUAUGAGUUUAAGG